CAUCUGUCAACCUGUUCUUGUCUGUUCUUAUUGAUAAAUAAAAGUCCAUCUAAAAUCUAGAAUUCAGAUAAAGAAUUUUUUUUUCUUGAUAUGGAAGAGGACAACAAAUUGUAUGAUAUUUUAGGGGUGGAAAGAAAUGCUUCUGAAAAUGAAAUAAAGAAGCAAUAUCGAAGGCUUGCUAAGGAGUAUCAUCCAGAUAAAAACCCCGAAGCCGGUGACAAAUUUAAAGAAAUAUCAUAUGCAUAUGAAAUUCUGUCCGAUCCAAAGAAAAGGGCAACAUAUGAUCAAGUUGGUCUCAAGGGAAUGCAAGAAGGUGCUGCAGAUGGUUUUGGAGGUGAUGAUCUCUACUCGCAUCUCUUUGCGGGUGGAUUAUUUGGUGGAUUUGGUCCAUUUGGUUCCAGACGAAGAAACAAAGGAGAAGACACUGUACAUCCUUUAAAAGUUAGCUUAGAAGAUUUUUAUAAUGGGAAAACCGCCAAAUUGCAACUGAGUAAAAAUAUAAUAUGUGCAGUUUGUAAUGGAAAAGGAAGCAAAAGUGGCCAGGUUGGAAAAUGUCGAACCUGUAAUGGUAUGGGAAUGAAAAGAACUUAUCAUGAAAUUGGUUCUGCCAUUUCCCCAUGUUAUGAAUGUAAGGGAACAGGAGAAUAUAUUGAUGAGAGUGAUCAAUGUGAAACUUGCAAUGGAAAGAAAGUUUGCAAUGAAUGUAAAAUUUUAGAGGUUCAUGUAGAAAAAGGUAUGAAAGAAAACCAAAAAAUAUUAUUUCGAGGGGAAGGAGAUCAGGUACCAGAUAUUGAACCAGGAGAUGUUGUAAUUGUUUUACAACAGAAACCACAUGAAAAAUUUCAGCGUAACGAUGAUAAUUUACAAGUGAACCAAACAAUAUCCUUAACAGAAGCGCUUUGUGGUUUCACAUUUGUCUUACGCCAUUUGGAUGGUAGAGAUUUAGUUAUAAGGCAUCCUGCUGGAGAAGUGAUCAAACCAGGUGACAUGAAGAUGAUUGUUGGUGAAGGAAUGCCACGUUAUAAAGAUCCUUUUGAAAAAGGGAAUUUACAUAUUUGCUUCAGCAUUAAAUUUCCUGACAGUCACUUUACAACUGAAGAAAAUCUAAAGUUACUAGAAACUAUCUUUCCACCACGACCUGAAUUUGUUAUGCCUAUUGGUGAUAAUGUUGAACAAGUUGACCUUCAUGACUUCGAGCCAAAUGAUAAAUCCAAUGAAACCAAGCGAGGAUGCAGUUAUGCUAGUGACGAUGAAGAUGGAGCACAUGGACCAGGAAUUCAAUGUGCCACUCAGUAGAAGAAUUCUCUGAUCAAGGCUUCCCCAUUAAGAAAUGGAUGUUUUCAUUUCAAAUGAAAUAUCACCAUUCAAAAACUCGAAAUAUAACCAAAUUUGUAACUCGGAAUGAAUAUAGUUACUUUUCAAAUAUUGA